UUAUAAUGAAAUGACAAUUAUGCAAUUUAUUUCACUUUAUAUUUGUUAAGAACAAUCAUAAAUUAUUUCAGGGUUUUUGUCUGAUCUUAUGCAUAUUUCUUAAAGUUUUAACACUGUUUGCUCUAUUUAUGACCUGUGAAAUACUAAAUGCCAAAUUCGUAACAAACAACAAGCGACCAAAUUGACACUGAGUGAGAAGUGUCAAUUUUUAUCAUGUAUAUAUGAAACAUUGUAGCGUAAUAAAACAUUGUACAUUUACAAUUCAGAAUGUCUAAAUACGCAAUUUUCGGAGAUAGUUUCAUUACUAGACUUCAAUCUUUUACAAAUGGCAAAUUAGAUUUUGACCGACCUCACAGAUUUUUUGGUGUUUCAGAAAUGUCGACACAGAGCAAAUUCACAAGCAAGUUCAGAGAAAUGUUAGAGUACCAACCGAGAUAUGUAUUUAUUAACUUAGGAGGGAACGACAUCACGGCAGCUUGUGAUAUCCAAUCUAUAUAUAUCAACCUGAUCAAUAUAGCAGAGGAACUUUAUAAUUCGGGUGUGGAACGCGUGUUCGUGGCAAGCAUUAUUGAAAGAGGAAACUUUGAACAGAGGACAGGUCUAAACAGCAUGAUGUUCAAUAAAAUCAGAAGGUCACUCAACAAUAAAUUGAAAAAGUACUUUGGUCACGAUUUUGUGCAAGUGGGAAAAAGACUACGAUAUCCUAGACACUAUGAUAUGGAUUUAGUACAUCCAGGGUGCUCCGAAAAAGGCAUGACAGUAUUUAAACAUGAGGUGUUAAAGUGUUUUAGGAGAACUAUACGCUAGAUGGAGAAUAUGUAUUGAACUAUGUAGUACAUGUUUAUCUACUUAAUAAUCAUAUUAUUAUAUUAAAAAUAAAGAAAUAAACAAAUGAUUCAUGUU